UUUCAAAAGAUUUGUACUGGUAAGUGUACUUUAUACAUUUAUUCAUAUAUAUUUAUAUAUGUGUGUGUAAUUUUAUAAAAUAAUUUGUAUCUAUGAAAAAUGUAUAAGAAAUUUUAAUAAAGGAGUUCAACAAUGUAAUCAAACAAAAAAAAGGUCCGUUAGAAAAAAAAUAAUUACCGUAGGGACGAUAUUUUUUAUAUACCGAAUUUAAUGGGAACGCAUAUACAUGUAUUAUUUACUGGAACAUCACUGUGGGAAAUUCUUCGUUUGAUUAAGUCACGUGACUUAUAGAGUCAAAAGGAUUGGCCAAUCGAGUCAAUAGAAUUUAUCAUGUGAAGGCGAUCAAUGAAACUUUCAUUCACUGUGGGGAAAAUCUUAAUGCCAGUAGUCACGUGACUUUUAACGUCGAAAGGAUUGGUCCAUUGAGUCAGUUAGAUUUACUAUGGAAUGUGUAGUAAAAUAAAGCGAUCUAGUCAAUCAACUCUCUAUUUUUUAAAGAAUCUGUUGUUGUUGUAGGAUAAUGAGUCAACUCUUACUGGAAAUAUAAAAUUGUACUAAAUAUAUAGUCAUAUUUUUUUAUAGAGACAACUAAAAGGACCGUAACAACAACAACAACAACUGCUACAACAACAAAAGAGGCAAAAAGUACACUGUCUGAAAAACACGAGGUAACUUCAAGUGUAAUGGAAACAACAACAAAAGAAACUACAAGCGCCAAUCUUCCUCGGAGACAUCCCCUUAAGACUAGACAUUUAACAGUGAACACGCCACCCACCGAUGUUACUUUAGUUAAGAAACAUGGAACAUCCAUAGAUGAUCUUAAAAAUAAGGUUGUAAAUGCCAUCAACGCUGAAUCUGCAAAAGAACACGGAUCGUUGACGGAUAUGGCCUUGGCCUUUUUAAUGUGGGCAAUCACUACAACGAUAGCAGUCAUCAUAGUUUUAAUCAAGAAAUGGUUGUCGGAAAGAUGUGCAACUCAUGAGCAACCCAUGGCCAGGGAAUCCCCAGACGUUCAACAGCAGCAGCACCCAAACCCCGUAUACUCACCAGGACAACUGAGCAUUGUCCCACUGAUGGUGAUGCACUCACCACCAUCUUCCAACAGUGCACUUUCUUCCAUCACAAGUACACCAGAGAUGGAGGAGAUAGAGGAGGAGGAGGAGGAGGAGCCAGUAGGGCACAGAACAAGACGUUCAUGUGUAAAAAAGCUCAACUGGUCCAAAACGAGCGCAGUGUAGUUUUGAUUCCGUGCAUAUAUGCAUUUAUUAAAUGUUUCUGUAAUUAGGAUACGCAAAGGAGAGUAACUAUACAAUAUAAAAUUAUUGGUCUAAUUUUUUAAACCUUAUUUUUUUUUAUCUAUAUUUACAAGUUGUUGUGUUUAGCAGAACAUUCUACAUUAAUGGUAAACUGUCUGUUUUGAGAAAGUUUUUUUAUGUUGCUACAUUUUCAUGUUUUCUGUUUUGCAUUUAGAAGUUACUUCCCUUUGACUAUCUUGUUAGCAAAAAUAAAUAUUUCGGUCAGUAACAUUUUUGUUGUAUUUUUUUAAAAAAUUUUCCCACAAGAUUCUGUAGACUUGUUUAUGCAAGAAGCUUGUGUUUUUUAGUUUUGUAAUCUAUAAAUACUGAGGAAAUGAUUGUGUGUAAAACUUAAAAAAAAACUAGUCUCGCAUGUUUACGUUUUUUUAUUAUUGUCUUACAGAUUUACAUUAAUGUACUCAUGGUGCUUCUCUAGUUUCCAUAUGGUGCUAACAUUGAGAUAAUCAAUGAUGUUGAUGAACGAAGUGGAAAUUUUUUUUUUUUAUUUCCAUCUUUUGUAUAUGCUUGUAUUUUUUUUGGUAAAACAUAACCUUUUGUGUUACAUGUUUGCAUGAUUUUAUAUUUGUAUAUUUUUUUAGGGAAAAAAAUAAACUUUUCAAUAUCAAAGUGUAAAAAAGCUCAACUGGUCCAAAACGAGCGCAGUGUAGUUUUGAUUCCGUGCAUAUAUGCAUUUGUUAAAUGUUUCUUUAAUUAGGAUACGCAAAGGAGAGAAACUAUACAAUAUAAAAUUAUUGGUCUAAUUUUUUAAACCUUAUUUUUUUUAUCUAUAUUUACAAGUUGUUGUGUUUAGCAGAACAUUCUACAUUAAUGGUAAACUGUCUGUUUUGAGAAAGUUUUUUUAUGUUGCUACAUUUUCAUGCUUUCUGUUUUGCAUUUAGAAGUUACUUCCCUUUGACUAUCUUGUUAGCAAAAAUAAAUAUUUCGGUCAGUAACAUUUUUGUUGUAUUUUUUAAAAAAUUUUUCCCACAAGAUUCUGUAGACUUGUUUAUGCAAGAAGCUUUUGUUUUUUAGUUUUGUAAUCUAUAAAUACUGAGUAAAUGAUUGUGUGUAAAACUUAAAAAAAAAACUAGUCUCGCAUGUUUACGUUUUUUUUAUUAUUGUCUUACAGAUUUACAUUAAUGUACUCAUGGUGCUUCUCUAGUUUCCAUAUGGUGCUAACAUUGAGAUCAUCAAUGAUGUUGAUGAACGAAGUGGAAUUUUUUUUUUAUUUCCAUCUUUUGUAUAUGCUUGUAUUUUUUUUGUAAAACAUAACCUUUUGUGUUACAUGUUUGCAUGAUUUUAUAUUUGUAUAUUUUUUUAGGGAAAAAAAUAAACUUUUCAAUAUCAAAGUGUCUUGUCUUCAUUUUGGUGACUUAGAGGUGCGAACAAUUAAUUCUGUUAAUAAAUAAUUAUUGAAUCAGAAAAAUAAG